GAGCAAAUUAGUUCUCAUCAAACUUACUUAUAAAGCCGGGGAUUGGGGCGAUAUGUGACAUUAACAGCGAUCUAUUGAAAGUGUUUAGAAGCAGACGUUUAAAAUGAACAUAUUCAUCUUCAUCGGGGCUCUUCUGCCAUUGAUGAGAGCUGCUUCUGCGACAGAGACAGAAUUUUAUGCGUACACAAUGGUAAAAUCAGAAAUCAGCCAGAAGAUACAAAAUGUGUCGACAUACUUGUACAAUCUCGAGGGCAAAGUUCAAAACAUAUCGAAGGAGUUUCAUUGGAAUGUCAGCUGCGUGCGACAGACACAUGGAUGGGAGAGAUAUUCUGAGUUCAAGGAAAAGUAUGCCACCAAAGUUAACGAAUUCGCCAGGAAUUUGAACACACCUGAACAAUGUUCACAAUAUGUUCGUCGUCUCCUUCAAACCAACCGAACUUAUUGGAGUGAGAUAUCAAGAUGUUUGGAGACAGCUGUAGCCACAUGGAGGGUAGGAUUGAGUAGCUUUUAUAAAAAAGUGGCCGAUCUCAGAGUUAGAUUGGGAGCUAUAGACAUGGAGUCUUACAACUGCGCUGCUCUCUACAGCAAUGACAUCAAAGCGCCCUUCAAUUGUGCCAUAAAAGUAUUGGACACAGGGAAAAGAAUCGACAGUGAUGCUGUGGUUGGAGUUGGAUUAACUGAGUUUCCCCAGUUUCUAGAAACACAAGCUAGUGCACUGACGAAGUUACAUGAAACAAUAAAAACAAAAUCCGUUCAAUCGUUGUAUGAAGAAAAUGAGCACGAUGACUACCUAAAGAAAAACUGCAUUGUUUAACAACAGAUACACAGAAACACAUUUUCGAUGAAAAUCACAUCCCCAGAGGGCGAAACGUGGGGUGAAAACUCAUUCAACUACUUAUUACGUCACAUUUGGUCCGAUAAAUUAAACGUGAGAGUCUAAUUUUUGUGAUAAAACUAAUCUUCGUCCCAUGUCUGGCCCUUUGGAGGCAUAAUUUUUAUCAAAAGUUGAUUUUCGUACAGCCACGAAAGUGUUCAUACAUCGAGAAGCCCAAUCAUCGUUAUAUUUAAUAUUUAAAAUGUAUAACUUUAUAAAAUUUGCCAUCUUGUUAAUAAAAAUCGUCGGAGAUACCAAAAUUGAUUAAAGUA